GGCGCAAAUAGCCGCGCAGUCGGCAAGCUCUCUGCCAGUCAGUGGCCGUGCGCGCCUCGCCGUCACAUAGCCGUAACCCUUUAAACAUCGUGUCCGAAUUUCGAAAGCCAUCGCUGGCUCUUAUCCUUUCAACGCGGCAAAAUUGUUCUAAGUCAUGUGUUAGUGUCAGUAACAUAGUGAAUUCCCUUUGCACACCUGGGACCUUUGGGUCAUCUGAUCGCUGUGGUGCACGUGUCUCCAAAAUCAAUAGCAGGCAUCACCUCCUCGUUUUACCCUCAUCUUCAAGGUCACACGGGGAGUUGUGCGCGGCGAAAGCAUCAAAAAAGCGGCUUGAUGGGGCGGCGGCGGGUAGCACGAUGAGCUAGCGGUAUGGGAGGCGAGGGGGCGGGCCGCGGCGCCGCGCACUGGCACGUGGGCGACUCGCCCCCGCGCGCGCCCAUGGGCUUCGCGGCGCCCGCGCAAGAUGCGCCGCUCGACCGCGGACACGCGCCGGCGCCGGCGCCGGCCCCGGGCGCUCCGGCGCAGGCCGCCGCGGCCAAUGCCGCCCUACAGCGGGCUCACUCCAGAUCAAUGUCAUCCCUACCACCGGAGCCUUUUAUGAUGCUCCGGGCUAAAGCUCUCAGCAAACGAGUGAUCAUCAAUGUUGGCGGUGUACGACAUGAGGUCCUUUGGCGCACAUUGGAGAGGCUCCCGCACACACGUCUAGGCAGAUUGCGAGACUGCAAUACACAUGAAGCGAUCACUGAACUCUGUGAUGACUACUCCUUACAGGACAAUGAAUACUUCUUUGACAGGCACCCGAAGAGUUUUAGUUCAAUAUUAAAUUUCUAUCGAACUGGCAAAUUGCAUUUAGUGGACGAAAUGUGUGUGCUGGCAUUUAGCGAUGAUCUAGAAUAUUGGGGUGUGGAUGAACUUUAUUUAGAAUCGUGUUGUCAGCACAAAUAUCAUCAAAGAAAGGAACACGUCCACGAAGAAAUGCGUAAGGAAGCCGAGAGUUUGCGACAGAGGGAAGAGGAGGAAUUUGGUCAAGGCACUUGUGCUCAAUAUCAGAAGUGGUUGUGGGACUUACUAGAAAAACCCACAACGAGUAUAGCCGCUAGGGUGAUUGCCGUGAUCUCAAUCCUCUUCAUCGUGCUGUCCACGAUAGGGCUCACUCUCAACACGAUACCACAGAUGCAAGUAGCUGACGAGAACGGCACGCCCAUGGACAACCCGCAGCUGGCUAUGAUAGAAGCCGUGUGUAUUACAUGGUUCACGCUCGAGUACGUGUUGCGAUUUAGUGCUUCGCCGGAUAAGUGGAAAUUUUUCAAAGGUGGACUGAACGUUAUAGAUUUGUUGGCUAUAUUGCCGUACUUUGUCUCUCUUUUCCUUCUGGAAACGAAUAAAAACGCGACGGACCAAUUUCAAGAUGUGCGCCGUGUUGUCCAAAUAUUUCGUAUCAUGCGUAUAUUACGUAUAUUAAAACUCGCUCGACAUUCGACCGGGUUGCAAUCACUAGGUUUUACACUUAGGAACUCUUACAAAGAACUUGGACUUCUCAUGUUGUUUCUCGCGAUGGGAGUUCUCAUAUUUUCGUCGCUGGCGUACUUCGCGGAGAAAGAAGAACCGGGAACUAAAUUUAUUUCUAUUCCUGAAACUUUUUGGUGGGCGGGAAUUACGAUGACGACGGUCGGAUAUGGGGAUAUAUAUCCCACGACCCCACUGGGCAAGGUCAUUGGCUCUGUUUGCUGCAUUUGCGGCGUGUUGGUAAUUGCGUUACCCAUCCCUAUAAUCGUCAACAAUUUCGCCGAGUUUUACAAGAAUCAGAUGAGACGCGAGAAGGCGCUCAAACGGCGGGAGGCGCUCGAGCGCGCUAAGCGCGAAGGCUCCAUCGUUUCCUUCCACCACAUUAACUUGCGAGACGCCUUCGCCAAGAGCAUGGACCUGAUCGACGUCAUUGUUGACACAGGACACAACCUGUCUCAGGCGGACGGCACAAGUUUGGAAGGCGAAGCACCGCCCACCACCGGCUGCUACAAACAGUACGAGCACGCGCUUGCCAACAGGAUGCCACAAGCUGAAGCUAAUCAGUUUCAGAGCAGUCCUAAGAAAGAUCGACGCUUCUCCGCAGAAGGCUUGGGCACACCGGAGAAACGCUUGCUCAUAAAUCCUGAACAAACACCAGAAAAGAAGAUUGCUGAAAAACAGCUUGACUUGGAACAGCUCCCUUCUGAAUUUGAAUGUUGUUUUUGCACGUUCAAGGGCUACAAGGAGUUCAUAGAUGCAGAGCAAUUGAUGCCAAUGUCAACAUCUGACUUGCGGCAGCCCGUAUGCGUGGAGUUAGCCUGUCUCCAGCGCCACCCCGCGCCACGAGCCCUGCCGGAAGCUACUCCCAACAGCCUCGACAGCCCUGAUACAUUUGCAUCAUGCCUUACGCACCCUUUUCCUUCAGAGGGCGACAUCACGUGCGAGAACGACUCCUCAAACUUGUAUGUGAAUCCUCUGGACGGUAGCGGCGGCGGCGGCGCGGGGGUCGGGGUGGGCGGGGUUGUGGGGGUGCGCAAGAGCGCGUCUGGGGAUGGGAGCGUAUUGUGUGCGAAAGAUUCGCAGGGCGAGACUUCGCCGCGGGGCUCGCGGGGAAGUCUCGGCGCAGUAGGAACCGUAGCGGGCACCUCGGCCGAGGCUUGCGCGCGGCCGCUGGACGCCUCUCGCUCCAGUCUUCAGCCGCUCGAAGAAACGCCAGCGGCCGACGACACCAAGCCCAAACAUAGAAAAGCAAGAUUUCAACAGGAGUGGCAAGAGGAGGAGAAGAAACCACCUCGCGGAAUAGCGACGAGGAUUAUCAAUCACCACAUUCUGUUUGGAAAAAAUGGCAAUAAGCGCGGGAGCGGCGGCUGGCCGCAUGAGAGCGACUCCAGAUCUCGAUCUAUUCUUAAGAACAAGGAAUCUCGCGGCACCGACAGCGAACUGCUCCUGCAAGAGACCACCUCGCUUGGUGCAAAUGGCGACUCCGGUAGCGAGUCAUCGCCUAUUCGCCUCAAAGACUUCAAGGGCCAUAACCACAAAGGCGGCACUGAAAGAAGCAAUCUUGUGUCGUAGAAAAAUAUUAUUAUAAUCGAUUAGCACGCCCUGCUCUUCAUGCCCACGGCCCCAAUAUUUGAACGCGUAGUGAUAAAUGCCGUACCCCUGAACGCGUACGCUAUAGAUUUCUUAAUAAAAAUAAAGUUAGAAUGCAAUAAAAUUAAAAAUACAUAAAAAAAUUAACAUAUCAUUGGGCGAUUGUGACUGCUUGUUGAUAGAUGAAUUUCAUUUUGUAGGAUUAUAAAUAUUGUAAAUUAUAUAUUACUUAUUGUAAUAAUUGUUCAUUCCAAUCGAAAAGUUGAAAGUACCUACUUGUUAAGUUUUUUACGUGCAAUUAUUAAUUGCUAAUUCUAAUUUAAGCGAUAUAGUUUGUACAGCAUAGUUGAUGAAAGAAAAG